AUGCCCGGACAGCCAUGUCGGUACCAGCCGGUAGCCGCGCCAUUGGGCGGUGACAAGAUCAUGGCCUUGGAGCUCCAGGAUGGCUCCGUGUACCAGGGCUACAGUUUUGGUGCCGAAGGUAAGAGCAUUGCCGGUGAGCUGGUCUUCCAGACCGGCAUGGUGGGCUACCCAGAGUCCAUCACCGACCCCUCCUAUCGCGGCCAAAUUCUCGUCAUCACCUUCCCUCUGGUCGGCAACUAUGGCGUUCCCUCUCGAGAGACCAUGGACGAGCUCCUCGAAGAUCUGCCGGCCCAUUUCGAAUCUUCUCAGAUCCACAUUGCUGGUCUGGUGACAGCCUCGUACGCAGGAGACGACUUCUCCCACCACCUGGCGUCCUCUUCGCUGGGUACAUGGUUGAAGGAACAGGGAGUGCCGGCUAUCUACGGUAUCGAUACCAGAGCUCUCACCAAGAGGAUUCGAGAGGAGGGCAGCAUGCUCGGACGGCUAUUGGCGAAAAAGGGAAGCUGGACCAAUGGUCAAACGAAUGGACAUACCAAUGGGACCGCUGCCUCUACAGAAAGCUGGAGAAACUUGUAUGAGACUAUCGACUGGGCGGAUCCCAAUACUCAGAACUUGGUCGCCGAUGUCUCUAUCCGCAAGCCCAAACUAUAUACCCCCGCCCCCGACACGGCCCUGAAGCAUCCCUCUGGGCGACCGAUUCGGAUACUCUGUCUCGAUGUAGGGCUGAAGUACAACCAAUUGAGAUGUCUCUUGCGCCGAGGGGUGGAGGUUCUGGUCUGCCCGUGGGACUACGACUUUCCGGCUCUUGCAGGCGAGGAUUACGAUGGCCUAUUCAUCUCCAACGGUCCCGGUGAUCCCAUCAUGAUGGACAAGACGGUCAAGCACAUCUCUACAGCCAUGGCAGCGAACAGAACACCCAUCUUCGGUAUCUGUUUGGGACAUCAACUCUUGGCUAGAGCCUCUGGCGCAAGUACGCUCAAGAUGAAGUUUGGAAACCGUGGGCAUAACAUCCCCUGCACAAGCAUGGUGACUGGAAAAUGCCACAUAACAUCGCAGAACCAUGGUUUCGCAGUUGAUGCACAAACUCUCUCCGAAGACUGGGCUGAGUUGUUCGUCAACGCGAAUGAUGGAAGCAACGAGGGUAUCCGACACAAGAGUAGACCCUACUUUAGUGUGCAAUUUCACCCGGAGAGCACUCCGGGACCUCGAGAUACCGAAUUUCUGUUCGAUGUGUUUGUCCAGACGGUUGUUGCGGCUUUGGGCAACAAGCAACUUCUUCUGGAGCCAGUGCACUUCCCGGGUGGAGAUGCGGCCGAGAACGCAACGCUUCACCCCAAAGUUGAUGUCAAGAAGGUUUUAGUUUUGGGAUCCGGAGGCUUGUCCAUUGGACAAGCAGGAGAAUUCGAUUACUCGGGAAGUCAAGCCAUCAAGGCGCUCAAGGAAGAGGGCAUCUACACCGUCUUGAUCAACCCGAACAUCGCCACCAUCCAAACCUCCGAGGGCCUGGCUGACAAGGUCUACUUCUUGCCUGUCACUGCGGAAUUCGUGCGCAAAGUGAUUGCACACGAACGGCCAGAUGCCAUUUAUGUCACUUUCGGAGGUCAGACUGCGUUACAAGUUGGUAUUCAACUCAGAGACGAGUUUGAGGGCCUUGGUGUUCGGGUACUUGGCACCCCGAUCGAUACAAUCAUCACAACCGAAGAUCGUGAAAUGUUCGCACGGAGCAUGGAGUCGAUUGGCGAGAAGUGCGCGAAAUCCGCCUCGGCUAGCACCGUCGAAGAGGCGAUGCGCGUCGUCAAGGACAUCGGUUUCCCAGUGAUUGUGCGAGCUGCCUACGCUCUGGGCGGACUUGGAAGCGGCUUCGCCGACAACGAGAAAGAGCUGAUGGAUCUUUGCAACAAGGCUUUCGCUGCGAGUCCUCAAGUUCUGAUCGAGCGCAGCAUGAAGGGCUGGAAGGAGAUCGAAUACGAAGUUGUGCGUGAUUGCAGAGAUAAUUGCAUCACCGUUUGUAACAUGGAGAACUUCGAUCCUCUUGGCAUCCACACUGGAGAUUCGAUCGUUGUUGCGCCAUCCCAAACUCUCUCCGACGAGGACUACAACAUGCUGAGAACGACAGCUGUGAACGUUAUCCGCCAUUUAGGAGUUGUGGGAGAAUGCAACAUUCAGUAUGCGCUCAACCCGUUCUCGAAGGAAUAUUGCAUUAUCGAGGUCAAUGCUCGACUGUCCCGUUCCUCCGCGCUCGCCUCGAAGGCUACAGGAUACCCAUUAGCUUUCAUCGCUGCCAAGCUUGGCCUUGGGAUCCCACUCAACGAGAUCAAGAACUCGGUCACGAAAGUCACAUGUGCUUGCUUCGAGCCAUCUCUUGACUACGUCGUUGUCAAAAUGCCCCGGUGGGAUUUGAAAAAGUUCACUCGUGUCUCCACCCAGUUAGGUUCCUCUAUGAAAAGUGUCGGAGAAGUCAUGAGCAUCGGUCGGACAUUCGAAGAAGCGAUUCAAAAGGCUAUACGAGCCAUUGACUUCCACAAUUUGGGAUUCAACGACACCAAAGCUCUCAUGUCCAUCGAUGAUGAACUACAGACUCCUUCCGAUCAACGUCUCUUUGCGAUCGCAAACGCCAUGCAUGCCGGGUACACCGUCGACAAGAUCUACGAGAUGACCAAGAUCGACAAGUGGUUCUUGAGCAGACUGAAGGGUCUCAAUGACUUUGGUGCUACGAUGAGAACGUUCACUGCUGGCACUGUUCCCAUGAGUCUGUUAAGACAGGCUAAGCAGCUGGGUUUCUGCGAUCGGCAACUGGCGAAAUUCUGGAGCUCCAACGAGCUGGCUGUCAGGCGCAUGCGAGUCGAAGCUGGAAUCGUUCCUGUGGUCAAGCAGAUCGAUACAGUAGCUGCAGAGUACCCAGCGUGGACCAACUACCUGUACCUGACCUAUAACGGAUCCGAGAACGAUGUAACAUUCAACGAUCAUGGAGUCAUGGUUUUGGGCUCCGGUGUAUACCGCAUUGGAAGUUCCGUGGAGUUUGACUGGUGCUCUGUUCGCGCUAUCAGAACCCUCCGUGAGACUGGGCACAAGACAGUCAUGGUGAACUACAAUCCCGAGACGGUCAGUACCGAUUACGAUGAAGCAGAUCGUCUUUACUUUGAAAACAUCAACCUGGAGACCAUUCUCGACAUCUACCAACUCGAGCACUCGAGCGGUGUCCUUAUUGCAAUGGGUGGUCAAACACCAAACAACAUCGCCUUGCCUCUUCACCGUCUUAAUGUCAAGAUCCUCGGUACCUCACCUGAAAUGAUUGACACUGCCGAGAAUAGAUACAAAUUUUCCAGAAUGCUGGAUCGAAUUGGGGUGGAUCAGCCAACCUGGAAGGAGUUGACUAGCUUUGAGGAGGCGAAGGAAUUUUGCGACAAAGUUUCCUAUCCAGUGCUCGUACGUCCGUCAUACGUGCUUUCCGGUGCUGCGAUGAAUACCGUAUACUCCGAGGCGGAUUUGGAGUCAUAUCUCCAGCAGGCUGCUGAAGUCUCUCGCGAGCACCCAGUUGUCAUUACCAAGUACAUCGAGAACGCCAAGGAGAUUGAGAUGGACGCUGUUGCGAAUCGCGGGAAAAUGGUGGGCCAUUUCAUCUCAGAACACGUCGAAAAUGCCGGUGUUCAUUCCGGCGACGCUACCCUCAUCUUGCCUCCCCAAGAUCUUGAGCUUACCACCAUCCGCCGGAUUGAAGAAGCCACCCGCAAGAUCGGGGAUGCUUUGAAUGUCACUGGCCCUUUCAACAUCCAAUUCAUUGCCAAGGAUAACGAUAUCAAGGUCAUCGAGUGUAAUGUUCGAGCCUCAAGGUCUUUCCCAUUUGUUUCGAAGGUAAUGGGUGUCGAUCUCAUCGCUAUGGCGACCAAGGCUAUCAUGGGUGUUCCAUUCGCCGAAUACCCUCCUACGACCCUUCCUCCCAACACGGUUGCCUGCAAGGUUCCUCAAUUCAGUUUCUCUCGCUUGUCUGGAGCCGAUCCCGUGUUGGGUGUCGAGAUGGCUUCCACUGGAGAAGUCGCAUGUUUCGGUAUCGACAAGUACGAAGCGUAUCUCAAGGCUCUGAUCUCUACCGGAUUCAAGCUACCCAAGCGAAACAUCCUCCUCUCUAUCGGUGCUUACAAGGACAAAAAGGAGAUGUUACCAUCUGUAUUCAAGCUCCAGAAGAUGGGUUACAAGCUCUUCGCCACUGCUGGAACUGCUGAUUUUCUGCAAGAGCACAAUGUCCCUGUCCAGUACCUAGAAAUCCUGGGCGCGGAGGACACCGAUGACCAAAAAUCGGAGUACUCACUGACGCAGCAUCUUGCUAACAACAUGAUCGAUUUGUAUAUCAACUGUCCAUCUAGUAACCGCUACCGGCGUCCGGCCAACUACAUGAGUAAGGGAUACCGCACAAGACGAAUGGCUGUCGACUACCAAACUCCUCUUGUUACUAACGUCAAGAACGCCAAGAUUUUGAUCGAGGCAAUUGCUCGUCGCUUCGAUAUGGAGAUUAGUUCCAUUGAUGCUCUGGUCAAGGCCCUCCCCGGCUCACCUGUUCUGGAUCCAAGCUCAGAGAGCUCUUACGGACAUGGACUUGCCGAGCUCGGCACACCCGCCAGUGCUGCGAACAGAGCACGGUUCCUCGACGGAGCCAAUGUUCAUCGGCAACAUUACAAGAGCAGCUCUGCUAUGGUAGAGGACCUAGAGACCCCUCUCUAUCUCCAACCUACGCUCGCCCCCACCCUUCAACAUCUGCUUGGUUCUUCGCCUUUCAAGAAUCAACACGUCUUAUCCGUAGACCACUUUACUCGCCAGGAUCUCCAUCUUCUCUUCACUGUGGCACAAGAGAUGCGCCUCGGUGUUCAGCGUGAAGGUGUGCUGUCAGUUCUCAAGGGCCGUGUCCUCAUGACCAUGUUCUACGAACCCUCAACCCGCACAUCAGCCUCCUUCGACGCCGCAAUGCAGCGUCUGGGUGGCCGCACAGUGGCCAUCACAACUUCGCACUCCAGCACCACAAAGGGCGAAUCUCUCGCUGACUCUAUUCGUACCUUGGCCUGUUACGGAGACGGCAUCGUCCUUCGCCAUCCUGAUGAAAGCAGCGUCGAUGUCGCGAGGAAAUUCUCCCCAGUCCCCGUUAUCAACGGCGGCAACGGAUCGAAGGAGCACCCAACACAGGCCUUCUUGGAUCUCUUCACAAUUCGCGAGGAGCUUGGAACCGUUACCGGCCUGACGAUCACUUUCACGGGUGAUCUGAAAUACGGCCGUACCGUGCACUCUCUCAUCAAGUUACUCCAGUACUACGACGUCACUAUCCAGCUCGUUUCCGCCAAGGCGUUGUCCAUUCCUGCUGAGAUCCGAAAGGUUAUCAUGGAGAAGCGUGGACAACUGAUUGUGGAAGCCACCGAGCUGACGCCCGAGAUCAUCGCCCGCAGCGAUGUCUUGUACUGCACUCGCGUACAGAAGGAGCGCUUCGCUGAUCUAAAGGAGUACGAGCUGUUGAAGGAUAGCUAUGUUAUCGACAACCGGACUCUGAGGAGUGCAAAGCCCCAGAUGAUUGUGAUGCACCCGCUGCCACGCAACAAUGAAAUCGCAGAGGAGGUUGAUUUCGAUCAACGGGCGGCGUAUUUCAGACAGAUGAGAUACGGACUGUAUACUCGCAUGGCCCUUUUGGCCUUGGUCCUGGCCCCAUGA